AUGGCUUCACGGUUGUGCUCGGCGUGCAACGAAAAGCGAGCACAGAUUCUCCGACCCAAGAACCACCGCCGCCUCUGCGCCACCUGCUUCACCGCCGUCUUCGAAAAAGAAGUCGCCGAAGCCGUCGAAUCCACAAACCUCUUCUACCCAGGCGAACGCGUAGCCAUCGGUGCCAGCGGAGGAAAGGACUCUUGCGUGCUAGCUGCCGUACUCAAAACACUGAACGAAAGACGCAACUGGGGUUUAGACCUGAUCUUGCUAUCAGUGGACGAAGGCAUCAAAGGUUACCGCGAUCACAGUCUAGAUGCGGUGAGGAGGAAUGCAGACUUUCUGCAGCUCCCGCUCAAGAUUGUGAGUUAUGAGGAACUGUACGGCUGGAGCAUGGAUCAGGUGGUUGCGCAGAUUGGAAAGAAGGGAAACUGCACAUAUUGUGGUGUCUUCAGACGACAAGCACUAGACAGGGGAGCCGCACAACUGGGAGUCAAGCACGUCGUCACCGGCCACAACGCCGACGACGUAGCAGAAACAGUCCUCAUGAACCUCCUGAGAGGCGACCUCCCGCGCCUCAGUCGCGCCACCAGCAUCGUAACCGACAACAAAGCCAACGACUCCACCGCCGAUCCCGAAGCAAUUCCCAAAGAAGGAGAAGUCGCCAUCACAAACGUCAAGCGCUCGAAACCGCUCAUGUACGCCUACGAAAAGGAAAUCGUCCUCUACGCUCACCACAACAAACUCGAUUACUUCUCCACCGAAUGUCUAUACUCGCCCGAAGCCUUCCGUGGCAGCGCUCGCACACUGAUCAAAAACCUCGAACGCAUACGUCCAGAGAGCAUCCUUGAUGUCGUGCGCAGCGGCAUCGAUAUGGCCAUGUUGGUUCCAGACGCAGAUGGACGCUGCAAAGGCGCCUGUGGGUCCAGUAAGACACAAACACAACCAACCACAACUAGUAUGCAACCAGACGAAGACGACGACGGCGCCGGUGGUUGCGGUAGUGGAAACGGCAGAGGCACAGGCGGCGAAAUGGGAGACAUGGAAAAAACACUACAGGCAAAUGAAGCCGCUGAAGAGGAGGGAACAGAGACGGAGAUCAAGCUUCCAACGGCAAAGAAACAGAUGAGUGUGCCGUUGCGACCAAAGAAAACAAAAGGACCUACUCCACCGGCGAAUGCAAAGCAGACGCUUGGAAAGUGUGAGAGGUGUGGGUACAUGUCUUCGCAGGCUAUCUGCAAGGCGUGUAUGCUGCUCGAGGGCUUGAACAAGAACAGGCCAAAGACGGUCAUCACUGUUGAUGGUUGA